AUGAGGCACAGUCUCCACUUGACCUUCAUGUGUCUGAGUCUCCUCACUGGAAGGAUGUGCAUCCAGGGGAAUCAGUUUAACAUCAAGGCCCGCAGAAGUGACAAGCUGUCCCUGCCUGGCUUUGAGAAUCUCACAGCAGGAUAUAACAAGUUUCUCAGGCCCAACUUUGGUGGAGAACCUGUUCAGAUAGCACUGACUCUGGACAUUGCAAGUAUUUCCAGUAUUUCAGAGAGUAACAUGGACUACACAGCCACCAUAUACCUCAGACAGCGCUGGACGGACAAGCGGCUGGUGUUCGAAGGCAACAAGAGCUUCACUCUGGAUGCACGCCUAGUGGAGUUCCUCUGGGUGCCCGACACUUACAUCGUGGAGUCCAAAAAGUCCUUCCUCCAUGAAGUGACUGUGGGAAAUAGGCUCAUCCGCCUCUUCUCCAACGGCACAGUCCUGUAUGCUCUCAGAAUCACAACAACCGUUGCAUGUAACAUGGACCUGUCUAAAUACCCCAUGGACACACAGACAUGCAAGUUGCAACUUGAAAGCUGGGGCUAUGAUGGGAAUGACGUGGAGUUCAGCUGGCUGAGAGGGAACGACUCUGUGCGCGGGCUGGAGAACCUGCGGCUUGCUCAGUACACCAUACAACAAUAUUUCACAUUAGUUACCAGAUCGCAGCAGGAAACAGGAAAUUACACACGAUUGGUCUUGCAAUUUGAGCUUCAGAGGAAUGUCCUGUAUUUCAUUUUGGAAACCUAUGUUCCUUCCACUUUCCUGGUGGUGUUAUCCUGGGUUUCAUUUUGGAUCUCCCUUGAUUCAGUUCCUGCAAGAACCUGCAUUGGAGUGACCACUGUAUUGUCAAUGACCACACUGAUGAUUGGGUCCCGCACUUCUCUUCCGAACACCAACUGCUUCAUAAAGGCCAUUGACGUGUACCUGGCGAUCUGCUUUAGCUUCGUGUUUGGGGCCCUCCUGGAAUAUGCAGUUGCCCACUACAGCUCCCUACAGCAGAUGGCAGCCAAAGAUAGGGGGAAGGCGAAGGAAGUGGAAGAAGUCAACAUCACUAACAUCAUCAACAGCUCCAUCUCCAGCUUUAAACGGAAGAUCAGCUUUGCCAGCAUUGAAAUUUCCAGCGAUAACGCUGACUACAGUGACCUGACAAUGAAAACUAGUGACAAGUUCAAGUUUAUCUUCCGAGAUAAGAUGGGCAGGAUUGUUGAUUAUUUCACAAUUCAAAACCCCAGUAAUGUUGAUCGAUAUUCCAAACUACUAUUUCCUUUGAUUUUUAUGCUAGCCAAUGUAUUUUACUGGGCAUACUACAUGUAUUUUUAA